CUCCUUUUCCAAUUCCGUGUUCGGCUGUGUUCGUCCUCGUUGGAUCUCCGCAGCAUGCUGCAGCAGCUGCGCUGCUGGGUGAUGCAAGCGUUCUUUGCGAUGGUGCAGCACUGCGAAGGCCCCUAUGGCCGCCGCAUGGCGCGCUCGGCCGCGCAGCUCGCGGCGACAGAUCUGGAUGGGGAGAGGACCGCGCGGCCGACCGCGCGGUGUUCUGCGGUGUUCUGCGGCUCGUCCAAAGUUCGACUCUGGAGGACGAUGAAGGAGGAUUUAGCGCCCUACGAGCUGCUGAACCGUGGCUUCGGCGGCGCGCGCUCUUGCGAUCUGGUCGCGGCGAUGGAGCCACUGGUGCUGCGCCACCGGCCGCCAGCGGUCGUCUACUAUUGUGGCAUCAACGACCUCCACUUCGGCGCUCAGGCGGAGGUGCCGGCACAGGGUCUUCGGCUCUUCGCCACGAGGCUCCGAGACGCCUUGCCGGAGACGCGGCUGCUGGUGCUCGCCAUGAACCUCUCACCGCUACACUUCGCACUGGGGCUCGUGGACAAGAUCCGGCGCGGCAACCAACUAAUGAAGGAGCUCGCCGACGAGCUGGGCUUUCAAUUUGUGGACCUCUUCGCACAGGAGCCUCGCUUUGCCUGCGACACACAGCUGUACUGCUGGGAUUUGCUCCAUUUGACUCCUGCGGGCUAUCAGCUCUUAGCCGAGCUUCUUAAGCCACACCUAGCGGUGCUGCUGGGAGAAAACAGAGCUGGUGCGGCUGUGGUGUCCUUCGGUGCAGCUGUGGUGUCGUCCUUCGGCACCGGGAUGGACCGAGCUGGGAUCCGCAGACGACACAUCCGCUUCGGAUGCGGCUCUAUGCGCACGCUGAAAAACCGCAGUGCCGCCGUGCUUACCGGUGGCGCCGCGGUGGUGCCGGUGGCUGAGGUCUUGAAAGAUGAGGAGUGCCCGACCGAUCGGGAUUGGGAGAUAUUGGGAGUCAGGCAGGCAGUGGCAGGCAGUGGCAGGCCAAUGCCACUGGAUGUGCAGAAGGUUAUGUGCCUCUGCAUGCUCCACCUGAGUUGGUGCCUUUCCCUGGAGCAUUGGAUGAGACCUGAUGGGGAUUCAGAUGAUGUGAUGAGAGCCAUGCCUCCAAGUCGAGGCUGCCUGAGGAGCGCGGAGCCCGUGGGGAAUCUGCUUCUGAGCUUCAACACUUGGGACUCCAUCCAGGUGUCGUGGGAGGUGCCCCAGCUGCACGACUGCGUCUUCCAAGAGUAUCAGGAUGCUCAGGGCUGUCAGCUGAAAGACUCCUGCGGAGCCAGUUGUGUGGCGCGGGGGCCUAUCGGGCCUGGCGGGGCCAUGGGAGUGCUUUGGAAGAUUUUAGAGCCACAGAGCUUUGAGGCCUCUCUGCUGGUGCCGCCGGAGACGAGUUUGAAGGAGCUUCGGCAGCUCGCGCAGCAGCAGAUGCAGGAAGGUGUGAAGGUGGGAGGGACGGAGUCGGUGAAGGUGGGCAUUGCCUCGUUGGUGACGGCCGGGGGUCUCGUCUUGUUCGACAGCAGCGCCUUCCCCGUCGCGGAGCUCCAGGGCGAAACCCUCCAGGUCGUGGCGCGGCGCGGGGCGCUCUGCUCCAAUGGCUACUCCAGGGCUUUCGUGUGCUCUGGAGCGAAGGGAGGAAAAAGGGGGGUCGUCAAGUCAUCGCACUUGGGCCCCACGGGUUCCGUGCGUGCCUGGGGCGCUGCCGCCUAUGGUGGUGAGCUGCCAGAGGGGCUCAUCGAACAGUUGAAGGACGUCCAGCAGGUGCAGCAUGCCUGCGCCUUCUUCCAGGCGGGCGCCUUCGCAGCCAUCAAGAGCGACGGACUUCUCGUCUUGCCAAGAUGGCGAAGUGCGGAUUUGGCCGGGUCCACCCUGGUCCGUGAACACAUGUCCACCGCGGUGAAGGCCAAUCCGAUUGAGGCCAUUCAGUCCUCGCUCUACGCCUUCGCGGCGCUCCGGCGCGACGGCCGCGUUGUCGCCUGGGGCGACCCGGCCUCCGGCGGUGACCCGGAAGUGGAAGGUGGAAGCGAACUUGGAGGGAGCGUGGAGGACGGUGGAGGACACCUGCAGGAGUCAUUGACAGAGGUGAUAGCGAUCCAAGCGACCGAGAAGGCAGGGCAGCUGGGCGAUCCAAGCGAUCCAAAGAAGUUGGAAUAUGUGAGAGAUUUCCUGUCAUGCAGGCAAUGGAUGAUGGAGGCCUUUGCUGCAAUCAAGCGCGAUGGAACAGUGGUCUGCUGGGGAGACCCUGCACGUGGAGGCGACUGUUGCCAGGUGCAGCAAGCCUUGCAACAGGUGCGCUGCAUCCAGGCUGCCACCGGCGCCUUUGCCGCCAUCUGCGGCGGCGACGGCGAACGUGGCGGUCGUGUGGUCUGCUGGGGCGACGUGCAGCACGGCGGCGCACAGCACGGGGGUGAGAUGCAGAAUGUGAUCGCCAUCCAGGCGACCUCCACGGCCUUUGCGGCGAUCCUGGCGAACGGCCGCGUGCGGACGUGGGGCGACCGCUUCCGAGGCGGCGACAGCGCGUUGGUGCAGGAUCAGCUGUUGGAUGUGCUCUUUCUGCAGAGCACUGCGGGUGCUUUCGCCGCGCUCACGGCCGCCGGUCGGGUCGUUUGCUGGGGCGACGCCACACGCGGGGGUGAGAACAGCGCCGUGCGGGCGCAGCUCCACGACGUGGUGGCGCUCCAGGCGACCUUCUCGGCCUUCUGCGCGCUGAAGUGCGAUGGCACCGUGGUCACCUGGGGCGACCCGGUGCGGGGCGGCGACGCGCGGCGAGUCCAAGAGGAGCUGCGAGAGGUGCAGCAGAUCCAGGCCUCCGGCGCAGCCUUUGCGGCCAUCCGCGGUGAUGGGAAGGUGGUGACCUGGGGCGACGCAGCGCGCGGCGGCGACGCGGCGGCCGUGCAAGAGAAGCUGGUGAACGUUGAGUCCAUCCAGGCCUCCACCUCAGCCUUCGCAGCCCUACGCAGCGAUGGCUGGGUGGUGACCUGGGGCUCAUCGGACUGCGGGGGAGACUGCCGCAACGCUUUGACCGGUGAAGUCGGUUCCGCAGUGAGUUUUCGAACCUCUGACAUGGUGGAUUGA